AUGGCUCAGGGCUGGUCGUCGCUUCCGGCGGACCUCGUGAACCGCGUCGCCGACUGCCUCCUGGCCACCAACGACCUCGACUGCUACACCGGCCUUCGCGCCGUCUGCCACCACUGGCGCUUCGUCACCGCCGACCCGGGAGCAACCAGCAUGACCCCGCUUUCGCCCCACCCGGACAUGGUCGAUCUGCUUCCGUCUGAGGACGACGACGGGGGCUGUCGUUGUUACGCGGUUGUGGCCGCCGGCGGGGAUAUGUUGGCGGUCUUGAAGCGGCGCCGUGGCAUGGAUGUGUUCAAGAUUGACUCUUCAGGGAACGUCAUGGAGAGGGUGAAGAGCAUCGGGAGGCAAGCUCUAUUCCUCGGCGUCAGGUGCCUUGUCGUUGACACCGAUGGCUUCCCAACAGUUGAGGCCAACUGCGCUUACUUCGAACUCACCGUCCGUGGCACGAACCAGUGUUACAUCUACAAGUUUAACAUUGGAAUUUAUGAUGAUGAAGAAGAACCAGAGCUGGUCUCGGCAGCUAUGGACAACCUGCGCCCUUUGACAUUAACGCAGCUCCUGUGCAACCACACCAUGCCCAUUCCAAAUCGACUGUAUAUUUGGAAGAUGUUCUGCAAGUACCUCGAGGCCGAUUAUUACCACAACUAUAUCGAUUACGUUGAUGAUGAAUGA